GAUUGAUUGAUAUUAUCCUAAAACGGUGGUGGCAAUUGAAGAGAGAUUAAUAUAGACUUGAAGUGAAAGAAUUUUCAUGUAAAUAUAUCCCAAUGAUUUCAAUAAGAAUCGGUAUAACCCUUAGUACACGAUCUAUUGGGCUAAGAUGUCUUCCUACUCAUAAAAUAGCUAGAAGAUUACUCUCAGUAGACCAUUACUUAUCUCCAACGGAAUCUAUUUCUCAUAUUCAGGACAAAUUCGAAAUCUUUACCAAUGUAAGACGAGUUUUAGAUUUAGGAACAGCUCCUGGCUAUUGGGCCGAAUAUGCUCGUGAUCAAAUCAUUGAAGAACAAGGAAUUAAAGAAGAAGAUUUCGUUAAAAAUUGUCAUGUAGUAGGGGUAGAUUUACUUUUCUCUACACCUCCAAACGGGACUUCUAAAUUACAAGGGAAUAUAUUCUCCGAAGAUCUCCGGAAACGUGUUGAAUCUCAUUGUAAAGAAAUUGCAUUCCGUCAACAUCAAGAUAAGAUACCGAUAAUACCAAAUGAUGAAGACGAAAUUGUAUCGAAAGAUAUUGAAAAUUCAUAUUUUUUCAAGGAAAUGAAAGAGGUAAAUGCACAGACAGAAAGUGGAAAGUUGGAAGAAGAUUAUAAAGUGGAUUUAAUAUUAUCUGAUUUAGGACCUCCACUUAAACAAAAAUCUGGCUUUUGGGUUUCAACCGCAACCAAUCCUUACAAAAGAUUGGGAAGUUAUGAUAGUUUAAGGAAACCCCUUUUUGAUAAAGGGAUUUUUGAUUUAGCUGAUGCUGCCUUGGUGUAUGCAUGUGACCUUUUGAAACACAAUGGUAAAUUUGUUUUACGUCUAUCACAGGUUGAUACUAAUGACGCAGAACUCAAGUUACUUCAUACGCGACUUUUAAAAGUAUUUAAUGAAGUAAAUCGUUGGGGAGGAGAUCAAGAUAUCUACUUUAUAUGCAAGGGAAAAGAUGAUGCCAUUGACAAAGUAAGAGCAUUUAAAUUAUAAUUCUACUAUAAAAAACUACCAUGUAAUAUUUUAUUUGGAACUCAUAUGUACAUACGAUACAUAAUAACAGAAUGCACGAAUCUAUUGCAGAUUUUUACAACAUACUU